CUCCCGCCCGACUUUGCGAAGUCGCUGGCUCAGGCCGGGCUGGAGCCGCUGCCAUCUUGGCCGAGGGACGGAGCAGCCCCUGCGCCCGUGCCCGAUUCAAGAUCCAGCCCGUAUUAUGGCUGGCAGUGGGUCCAGAUCAGGACCAUCCAGUGGGUUUUCCAUGAAAUCACAGCUUCAGAUCACUGUUAUUUCAGCAAAACUCAAAGAGAAAAACAAAUGGUUUGGACCCAGCCCUUAUGUGGAAGUCUCAGUAGAUGGGCAGUCAAAGAAGACAGAAAAAUGCAACAAUACAAACAGUCCAAAGUGGAAACAGCAUCUUACAGUAAUUGUCACUCCUGUAAGUAAAUUAAACUUUCGAGUCUGGAGCCAUCAAACGUUAAAAUCUGAUGUCCUUCUGGGAAGUGCUGCUCUGGAUAUCCAGGAGACUUUGAAAUCAAACAGUAUGAAACUUGAGCAAGUAGUGGUGACAUUGCAUCUUGUUGGUGACAGAGAACCAGCAGAAGUAGUAGGGGAUUUGUCUGUCUGUCUAGAUGGGAUGCAGGUAGAUCCAGAGCUCCUAACCAAUGGUGAUGCCUCAAGUACAAGAAGUCCUACACAGAGUGAUAGCUCCAAAGCAAGGAAUGAUACACGGACUAACUCAAAUGGCCUUGAAAGCUCUGAAGAUGCUUCUCCCAGUGAAAACAAGACUGUUAAUGGCAGUGAUUCUCCAUUACUCACAAAUGGAAGCUGCAAACCUUCUAGACCUCCCAGGCCUGCCAGACCACCUCCACCCACUCCCCGCAGACCCACUUCUCUAGCUGCAAGUGCAAAUGGUCCUUCAACCACAUCCACAGAGAGCGAUGGGGCCAGUGCAGGAUCACUGGCAGGUCCAGCUGCAAAUACGUCUUCCGAGCAGAGCCCUGAGGGGGCAACAGCAGCAACAACAGCAGCUCCUGCGACUGCUGCACUCGCCACACCUCCAGUAUCAAGACAAAUCCAGCCAGUAAAUCCUCCACCUCAGGCACUUACUACAGUCAGUCAAGGUCCUCUUCCACCUGGUUGGGAGCAAAGAGUAGACCAACACGGUCGAGUAUACUAUGUAGAUCAUGUUGAAAAAAGAACAACGUGGGAUCGCCCAGAGCCUCUUCCUCCAAGCUGGGAGCGGCGAGUUGACAACAUGGGGAGAAUUUAUUAUGUUGACCACUUCACAAGAACAACGACGUGGCAGAGACCAACAUUAGAGUCUGUCCGCAAUUACGAGCAGUGGCAGCUUCAGCGCAGUCAGCUUCAAGGAGCUAUGCAGCAGUUUAACCAGAGGUUUAUAUAUGGGAACCAGGACUUUUCAUCCACACAGAACAAAGAGUUUGAUCCUCUUGGCCCUCUGCCACAUGGAUGGGAAAAGAGAACUGACAGCAAUGGCAGGGUGUAUUUUGUCAAUCACAACACACGGAUCACUCAGUGGGAAGAUCCCAGGAGUCAGGGUCAAUUAAAUGAGAAACCCUUACCAGAGGGCUGGGAAAUGCGAUUUACUGUGGAUGGUAUUCCAUAUUUUGUGGAUCACAAUAGAAGAACCACUACAUAUAUAGAUCCCCGCACUGGCAAGUCUGCUCUAGACAAUGGACCCCAGAUAGCUUAUGUGCGUGAUUUCAAGGCAAAGGUCCAUUAUUUCAGAUUCUGGUGUCAGCAACUGGCAAUGCCACAGCACAUAAAGAUUACAGUGAGCAGAAAAACAUUAUUCGAGGACUCGUUUCAACAGAUAAUGAGCUUCAGCCCUCAGGAUCUACGGAGACGCUUAUGGGUUAUUUUCCCUGGUGAAGAAGGCUUGGAUUAUGGAGGUGUUGCAAGGGAAUGGUUCUUUCUAUUGUCACAUGAAGUUUUGAACCCAAUGUAUUGCCUGUUUGAAUAUGCAGGGAAAGAUAACUACUGCUUACAGAUAAACCCAGCCUCUUACAUUAAUCCAGACCAUCUGAAAUACUUCCGAUUUAUUGGAAGAUUCAUUGCCAUGGCUUUGUUCCAUGGGAAAUUCAUUGACACUGGUUUCUCUCUGCCGUUCUAUAAACGUAUCCUAAACAAGCCAGUAGGACUCAAGGAUUUAGAAUCUGUUGACCCAGAGUUUUACAACUCUCUCAUCUGGGUAAAAGAGAAUGAUAUUGAAGAAUGUGGCUUGGAAAUGUUUUUCUCAGUUGAUAAAGAAAUUCUAGGUGAAAUCAAAAGCCAUGAUUUGAAGCCAAAUGGUAGCAACAUUCUGGUCACAGAAGAAAACAAAGAAGAAUACAUUAGGCUAGUAGCAGAAUGGAGACUUUCCCGAGGUGUUGAGGAGCAGACACAGGCUUUCUUUGAAGGCUUCAAUGAAAUUCUGCCACAGCAGUAUCUGCAGUAUUUUGAUGCUAAGGAACUGGAGGUGCUUCUUUGCGGAAUGCAAGAAAUUGAUUUGAAUGACUGGCAGAGACACACCAUCUACAGGCACUACACCAGGACCAGCAGGCAGAUAGUGUGGUUCUGGCAGUUUGUGAAAGAAAUAGAUAAUGAGAAGAGAAUGAGACUCUUGCAGUUUGUGACUGGAACAUGCAGAUUACCAGUGGGAGGAUUUGCUGACCUCAUGGGGAGCAAUGGACCCCAGAAAUUUUGUAUUGAAAAAGUUGGCAAGGAAAACUGGUUACCUAGAAGUCAUACCUGUUUCAAUCGCUUAGAUCUUCCACCCUAUAAGAAUUAUGAGCAGUUGAAGGAAAAGCUGUUGUUUGCAAUUGAAGAAACAGAAGGAUUUGGGCAAGAAUAGCUAAAAUUUGCACCUUGAAGAAUGUGAACUCAACACAAUGUCUGGUCUUCACUUCUUCUGCUUGUUGCACACUUCAUUGUAAAGUAGACUUGACUUGGAUUUAUUUAACAAUACUAAUGUGUAAGUAAAUGGAUGUUAUCCUGAGGUUUUAUCCACAGUAACUCUGGAUUUCUACUGAGCACUUUCAGAAAUCAAAUGAGCAAUCAGAUAUGGCUGCAAAUUAAUUCUGACCUACGUAGAGGUUUAAUACAGCUUUGGGCUCUGCUUUGUUUUACCAUUCAUUAAUUAGAAUGUGUCCUUAAUGACUGACAGAUUUUUAACAAUAGUUUUGUCUUUCCUUUUUAGUAGCAUUUUUUGCUACUGAUGCACUGGGAAGUUCAUUGGUAGCUGCAGUGCUGCAGCAGCAUCCUAAGCCUCUUUAAGCAGUGUUGUAGAGCCAGCCUGUCCGUGAGCAAAUCCAUCAUUUCAGCCCUUUUUUCUAUGUCAAGUGUGGCCAGACUGUUUUUCCCUGCCUGGAGUCUGCUCACAUGCCAGCUGGACUCAAGCUGCUGCUAAGGGGAUGUCAAACUGUGGCACGAAUCCAGGGCAUAGCUUUGCUUUGGUUUUCUUUUUCCUAAUUCUGCGAAUUUCAGCAAAAUAGCCACCUGCCCAAAGUUGUUGGAACCUUUCUGUGUGCCCUUGGAAGAGUUCUGAUCUUUUUUUCUGUGUAACACAUUUAAGUUUUAAAUCAAUAUUAACACUGUGGUACUUCACUUGUUUUGCAAAAGACAAGGCCACCUGGGAUUGCACUGAUUCCAUGUAGAUUCCUGUUUGCAGACUGAUGUUUCUUGUCAACAGUGUUAAUGGACGUUAUUGUCAGUGUUAUUCUUACGUGUUGCAGUCAGUUGCUGUGAAGGCUCUUGGGUUCUCAGGAUGAGGUACCAAACAACUGGAUUCAGAAAAUGAUAGUACUUAGCAUUUUUGGUAAUGAACUGAUACUGAACUGAUGGCUAAGGCUAAGAGGAUGAGAAAGUUCAGACAGGAAUUACAGAUCUUUGAAAAGCUGGAGCAUCAGUAAAUACUUCCAUAAAGACUGAAACUCAAGUUUCUGGGGGAGAUUUCUAAGCUAAUUCACUGCUUGUAGCUAAUAACUUUUGUAGUGAGUUCCUAUUGGAUUAAUAACAUCUUUUACUUCCUUUUAGAAUCUGUUAAUACUCAGUUCUCUUCUGGUUUACAAUAACAUUUUGCAUUUUACUGCUCCUUUAGACUGAAUGCACUUUUUGGGUAUGGUCAGCUCCUUCCCUGUGUGAAGGGAGGAAAGCAAACUUCAGUGAGCUGAGCUGGUAGCCAUGGUAGGAGUUGUGACACUUGAAACACCAUGUAGCACAUACUAAAGCAUAAUGAGGCUCUACGCAUUGGGCCAGGAGCUGGUUUUAAGAGGCUUUUGGAUAUGGGAGCCAAAACAGGACAGUGGGAAACUGUAAAACUGAACUUCCAGUCUCGAAAAGAGUGUUUCUUUCCUCUUGUCCCUUCUGUCUAAACUGUAAGAGGGAAGAACUGAUUCAAGCCUAAGAACCACCAAGGCACUGCAGGUUUUAACUGAGUUUUUCAGGUCAUGCAAGGAGAUGCUUACUGGAAGGCAGGAUUCUCAGCCUGUAGAGUGAACAGCUCUUGCGUCAUGCAUAUUCCAAGAAAGGCAUGGAAAAGGGUUUCUGGUAACACAGAAAUGACCCUCUCUUACAGUUCCAUUGCUGGUAGAACCAACCUGACUUCAUGGGCUUACUAGGAGAAAAAUCUGCCAACUUCAGAAAGGUUUGAUGGAUUUCUUAUAGUACACAGCUCACGAGGAGAAAAAAAGCCUUAUAAAUAUAUUCUGUUUGUAUGAGUUCUUACAAUGAAAGGUAGUUACCUAACGUAUUUCCAAGAGAGGUUAAAUUAAGCAAGAUAAUGCAAGAUUAAGCUAUGACAAAUAGUCUGUGUUCUGCAUAAUGCUUUAUGAUUCAUGUAGGGAACCUAGAACUAUUGUUAAUGUAUAAAUAUCACCCAAAAGGCUUUCAGCCCUAUAUUUUUAAACUAAAGAAUAGCUAUAAUUGAAAUAGCCUUAGCCCUAGUUCUAUAGGGUGUGGCUGUUGAAUAUUUUUAUGGUUGAAAUGUUUAGUUCAGGACAAGGUAAAUGCUUGUAUAUAUUUUUGCAGUCCGGGAUUCCACUUAUUCCAUUUUUCUUUAAUUUAAAUGGCAUGUUUAUAUGUCUUUUCUGCUGUAUUAGGAUGGGGGAAAGGGGGCUGGAUAUCCCAAGCACCAGACAGGAUUUUAAAAGAGAAAUAAAUAAAAAAUAAAGAAUCCACUGGGGGGAGGAGAGGGGGAAAAUAAUCUGAGAAACAUGGGGUUGGCCAAAAAAGACAGAAAUUAAAGCAAAUUUCUUGUAUUGAACUGGGGACAUUUCUGAAGUCGGAGGUUCAGAUUCCUCAGCCGUUUUGCUCCAUCAGCAUUGAGAAUGAGAACAAAUGUGUUCAGUUUUUACAGCAUGUUGUGUAGAAAUAAAAAGGACUUAAUAUGAGCCACUGGUGCAGUUCUGUUCUUUGUGGGGAUCUGGUGAAAGAAGGUGGAGCUGAGCCCAGAGCAUCCUGAAGCCCAGACCGCAGGUUGUGAGGAACUGGGCUUCCAAUAAGAUUUUCAGCAGAUGAAUGAAUUUGUCUCCCACCAUCCGGCUGAUUUAGCAACCCAAGCUGCAUAAAUUCAUAGUAUGUCACAACGCAGGUUCUGCCAAUGCAGGCAGUUGCCAAUUGAUCCCAAUUGCUUGAGUAUUAAAAUAACUUUUAUUUAGAGUUUUCCCUUGGGAGAAUAACAUGAGCAAAUGAAACGCUGAGCUGCGGAUGGAAGAAUUAACAAAAUCUUGUAGCUCUGGGCAGCUCAGGAAAUGUUAAUACAGUAAUGAAAUGCACAGGAAAUGCAUCAUGUCUUCAUCUGAUCUAGAAUGGAAAUUAUUUUAGUCAAGUUGCUGGCAUUUAAAAAGAAGGGGGUGUAUUAUUCUGAGGGAAUUAAAACAAAUGCUUAAGUUUUUAUGAUUUUAUUUUCUGCAUUUUUAUUACAUGCUGCACUGGAUUUGUAAUCUUGACUCUCUGCUAUACUGGUAUCUCCAGCCCCCUUUUUAUGGUGUCUUUUAAUUUUCUUCAAGAAUCACUGUUUGUGUAUAUGUGCUCUAGUGAACUCAUCUAUAAACUGGGAUCAGCAGCACUGGAUUGUAAAAUACUGUACUGAAAUUCCUUGUUGAAGUUUCCUUGCAUUGUAAUUUCAAAUACUCAGGUAACUGUAACAGUAUCUCAGUAAGUCAAAUACUUUUAUAAAACUACUUAAAGAGC